CCGACGGUUGUUGUCUCUGAAGGCUUUCGCAAUCUGUCGGUCGUACUCGGGCGCUUCCGUAAGGCACGUCUGGUCAAGCCAACGUUCGUCGCACGACUGAUUUCACGGCGCCUGGUGCGCGAUUGUCGCGCCGACUCACCUAAAAAAUCCCAGAAUAUUAUUUCGCGGCAUCUCGCGAUGCAAAUUGGCGAGAUUUUCACGAAAUUAACUUCACGUUAAAUAUUUCCUUGAUUUCACCAGUGAUGAUAUAUUGGACGGUGGAUUAGACACUUCCACAUGAGUUAGCAAAAAGUCAUCCCAAAAUAUAUUCAGACAUUUACUCCAGUAAAAUAUAAUGAACAAGUGUUUACGUUCGUAUGAAUGAUUUUUCCCAAAAAGCUUUAAUCAAAUUCCUAGCUUUUGCUCACGACUCGACAAGUACGAGCUUACAAUAGGAAAUUGCAAGAAGCAAACCUCAACUUGACUUUGGUGGUGCGUGUAAUGUCUAUAGGCAGAAAUCGAAUAAGAUCAAUCUCGUCGUGCAAAUAAAAUAUGGAAAAACGAAGGUUACGAGUAAAAUUGAAAAAUUCACUUCGAUAAAAACGAUUGUGCCGUUUCUUGCAAAUUCGGUCUGAACAAGCGCACGCGUUCCGAGCGUGUACGAUUAAAACGUGGAAAAAAGCGGCACGUCGGUGCGUUAGCUUUUCUUCUACGUACACGGACGAGAAUACAAAGGGUCUGUUGUCACAGAGCCGUCACUUUAGACCGUUUAGGCAACUGUCAGUUUCCGAGGAAUUUGCUGCAGGAGAAUAUUUUCGUGCGCUUUUAAAUGUGAUUCUACGGGGCGAUUUAUAUUUAUAUAUUUAAGGACACUUGUGAUAAACGGACUCAGAAUGGCUCAGCGUCCUCAGAAUUAUGGAUCUACGGAUCAACGGGUGGAUGUACCUGAAAUAGGAUUUAGUCCUACUGAACUUUACAGCCUCAGUGAAAAUAUUACUACUAACAUAUAUACAAUUAACACAAGCUGGAAAACUUUGGAAAGGGCUUUUAAAAACAUUGGAACCAGCAAGGAUAAUCAAGGUUUAAGAGACAAAGUACAUGUAACACAAUUGAGUACCAAUCAGGUGGUUACACAGACAAGCAAAGAUAUAGCUAGACUGACAGUAUUGAUGAGGCGUGGAGAUAAGCAGCAGAAGUUACAAAUUGAAAAACUCACGACAGAUUUUAAAGAUGCAUUACAAAGAUAUUCCGAUAUGCAAAAGUCGAUUGCGGAGAAGAUGAAGAGACAUAUUUUAGCUAUGACUAAUAUAGAAAAUUCUAUGGAUGGAGAGGAUGCAGAAGAGACACAGCGCCUGCUUCAGGCACAGGAACAAGAACAUAGGGCUACACAAAGGACACUCGAAUUUCAACAAGGACUACUACUGGAGAGAGAAGAUAGGAUAAAACGAAUUGAGGGAGACAUUUUGGAUGUGAAUCAAAUCAUGCGUGAACUCGCGGCACUGGUGCAUCAGCAAGGUGAUACUAUUGAUACAAUCGACAACCAUAUAGAGAAUAUACACGGCAAUGUCGAGCUGGGAGCACAGGAAUUGGUGAAGGGAAGUAAUUACCAAAGUAAAUUUCGUCGAAAAGUUUACCUGUUGUUGUUAAUCGUGAUUAUAAUUGCCAUUGUAUUAACUGUUACUCUAGUCAUUAAAUUAAGUUAGCGUCCUUAGCCUUUACGGGCCAAACUGAUAAACGAAAAGGGUUGUCUCAAUCUGUCGCAUAUCUUUAAAAAUAACUUCUUCAAAGAUCAUCUUAUUUUGCAAUUUCUGUAUAUUGGAAAUGUAAUGUGUAAGGAGAGCAUAGAGACUUAUUCUUUUUAUAACUGCUUACGAAUGAACUGCUAUCUUCUACAUCCGGAAUUAUUAAUCAUUUUGAAAUUUUAUAAAUCACAGUAUUUAAUAAUUUCACAUGUAGAAUAUGAAUUUAUAUAUAUAUUUUUUUAUUUCGUUUCUUUUUUCAAUUCUAGCUGAAUUAUUCUCAAUAAAUAAAAUAUUGGAGCAUCUACAAAAGCUAAUACAAUGCCUUUAUAAAAUUAUAUCUGUUUUAUAUGACAACAAUUUUACAUAACUUUUUAUUAAUAUUAAUCAAUUUUGUCUUUAUUUGAGUUCGAUUAAUCACAGAAUUCCAAAAAUAAAAAAUUCUAUUCAAUUUAUUAUAAAUAUUAAUAUCAUGCAUGGAAAAAUUGAUUUUACAUUGCAUGCUUUAAAAUAUUUUAAAAAUUGCAUAAUAGUGGCACAGAUAUUAAUGGCAGUAACGAAAUUUAUAGAAAUUAAUAUCGUUUGAUAUUAAUU